AUGCGGCGAAUGCGGCUGGCGCUAUACGAGACGCUCAUCCCGGCAGGACGUUGCCUUCUUUGACGGCCAGUCGUCCUUGCCUUCCUUCCGUGCUUCCCUGCUCUCCAUCUGCCCUGCUCUCUGCCUUCCCCGCUUCUCGUCUGCCCUGCUCUCUGCCUUCCCUGCUUCUCGUCGCCCUGCUCUCUGCCUUCCUGCUUCUCGUCUGCCCUGCUCUCUGCCUUCCUGCUUCUCGUCUGCCCUGCUCUCUGCCUUCCCUGCUUCUCGUCUCCCUGCUCUCUGCCUUCCCUGCUUCCUCGUCUGCCCUGCUCUCCGCCUGUCUCACCAUGCAUUACACCCGUCCACACCCAUCCACACCACCAAUGACCCCACUUUCCAGGUUGCAGAGGAGACGGUGUCUCUCGUUCGAGUGGUGCGGACGUUUGGCACAGAGAGCGAGGAGGUGAAGAGGUACGACGAGCCUCUCCGGAGGCUGGUGGAGGUGGGGCUGCGGCGGAGUGUGGCGAAUGGGUUGUGGACAUGCGCUGACAACAUUGUCUAUAACACCUCCAUGGUGGCAGUGGUGAUCAUGGCCGGGGGAGCGCUAACGACAGGGCGCAUAUCAGCGGAGCAGGUGACGCAGUUUGUGAUGUACGCGGACUGGAUGGCAUACAACAUGUGGUGUGCGGGCGGCCACUGGGCCACCCUCAUGGACUCCAUCGGCGCCUGCCACCGCGUGUUUCAGCUGCUGGAUCUUCCACACCCAGAGCAGCUCAAUCAAGGCCAUGGUGAGUGUGCAUGCACAGACUGGAUGGCAUACAACAUGUGGUGUGCAGGCGGGCACUGGGCCACCCUCAUGGACUCCAUCGGCGCCUGCCACCGCGUGUUUCAACUGCUCGACCUGCCGCACCCGGAGCAGCUGGCUACUCAGGGUCGUGGUGAGUGCGAGUGCACAGGGAUAGGAGUGCGCAGCAUGGCUUGCGCGGGCGACCACUGGGCCACUCUCAUGGACUCAAUCGGCGCCUGCCACCAGGUCUUCCAACUGCUCGACCUGCCAAAUCCGAAGCAUGUCACUCAAGGGCACGAUGAGUGUGCGUGCGUGCAUGGGAGUCAAGGCCGAGUGCUGCCGUCGCUGAGCGGCAAGCUGGAGUUCCGCGAUCUCUCCUUCCGCUACCCCACCCGCCCUGAGGCUCUUGUGUUGGAGGGCAUAAGCCUGACCAUCCAGCCAGGCGAGCUGGUGGCACUGGUGGGGCACAACGGCAGCGGCAAGAGCACCCUCCUCAGGCUGCUGCAGCGACUCUACGAGCCCACAGAGGGGCAGGUGCUUAUUGACGACGUGCCUCUACCAGAGGUUGACAUCGCAUGGCUGAGAAGCCACAUUGGGGUCGUCAGCCAGGAGCCCCUUCUAUUCAGCAGAGACGUGGCAUCCAACAUUGCAUACGGAAGCAGCAAGGAACUCUCCCGGCAGGACAUUGUCCAGGCAGCGACCCAGGCCAACGCGCAUCAAUUCAUUUCCGAGCUGCCCGAGGGUUAUGACACGGUGGUGGACAACGCGCGGCUGAGCGGCGGGCAGAAGCAAAGAAUAGCGAUUGCCCGGGCUCUAGUGCGCGACCCCACUCUGCUGUUCCUGGAUGAAGCCACGAGUGCUCUGGAUGCUGAGAGCGAGCACUACGUGCAGAUGGCAUUGAACCAAGUCAUUCAUGACGACUCCCAUGCAAGUGGGGGCAGAAGGCAAACCAGAGUGGUCAUUGCACACCGGCUAUCCACCAUCCGUUCUGCCGAUAGAAUAGUGGUUGUGUCUCAUGGGAAGAUCAUCGAGGUCGGCACACACGAGCAGCUGAUGGAGCGAAAGGGGGCAUACAUGGAAUUGCACUCAAAGCGAAAUGAAGCCCCUGCGUCCCACUGA